AUGAAGGGACUCAGAAGUCUGGUGGCAACAACGUUGGCCCUUUUCCUGGUGUUUUCUUUCGUGGGAAAUUGCAGCGGUGCGCCCCAGAGACUCAUGGAGAGAAGGAACUGGACCCCCCAGGCCAUGCUCUACCUGAGGGGCGCGCAGGGGCGCCGCUUCAUCUCCCACCAGAGCCGGAGGAAGGACGUCGCCGAGCGGCCCCCGCCGGAAAGGCGAAGCCCAAAUCCCCAGCUACUAACUCUUCCAGAAGCAGCCCCUGUGUUGAUGGCCCCCUUGCAAACCCACAGGAAGUUGGAGAAGGAACCUGAGCAAAUGAGAUUCGUAGAAGACAAUCUGCUGUACUGGUGAAAACAUACCAGAUGACACUCAAUUGUGGUUCUGUUCUCAUUGAAAACGUGGACCAUGUGAAGAAAACCCUUGGAUUCUUUUGACUUUAUUUGUAACACUAGGACCAGGCCCAGCUCAUUUUAUUGUUUCAGAAGCAAAAGUAGUGUAGAGGGUUCUUAGCUGAGAACAUCAUUGCCUUUGGUCCUUGCUUCAGAUCUAUUUGGAUUACCUUGUGUCUUACUGCCAAACCUUUUAGAGCAUUUAUAAUUAUAAGCCUGAAGCCUGUUGGAGCAUUUUUCUUUUCUGUUACAAGUAUCCAUCUUGAUCUAAUAAUUCUUAGUUGUCUGCUUGGUCUUGUCACUCAGCAGUGAAUCUCAUUUCCUUUUUUCCCCUUUGCCCAUCUCCAUGGAGGGUGGGCGGGGGAAGCAUGGCAGGUUGGGGAGCAGAGUGUGGUUCCUUUAGUAGUUGAUCCAGGAGAGGGAAGUUGUUGGGACGGGAAACAGGAAGGAAUGAUGACAGGGAAGAAGCCCUGUGAUAAGAACAUUUUAGUGUGGUUGCUGAAAGGGGACAAUCGAUUGGUGAGGCUGGUGGAAGGUUCCACAGCGGAGAGCUCUCCCCUGUGCUCUUCGGGCAUCUCCCUAAAGUGAGUUUACAAACAGGGAUCUAAAAGUUACUGGGAAAUAAGGAGAUGGAAACACAUUGCACUCCUGUGUAUAUUGUCCAAAAGGUACAAACUAGUUUUUCAGAGGUAACCCAUUGUUCAUGGCUAAAUAGAUGCAGACUCUGCUAACUCUGACUAGAGCUCUAGGCUUUAUUUGACGCUGAAACAUUACAUAAGGCACCUUGAUAAUGUUAAGUGCACGAUAAUAUCCCUAAUGUGCUCCUUUUCAAAGUCAAUUUGGUUCAAUUCAAAACUAUCUGAAAAAAAAAAUGCACACACACCCUUACAGCAAGCAUACAUAACAUAUUUAUGUAACAUUACAAUAUAACCAUCAUGUUAAUUAUUUUUGGCCUAAUUAACUGAGUCGCUGAUAAAUGUCAUAGGUGGAAGGUAUUGUUACUUCUCAGUGUCAUCAGUAUUGAGCCAUUAUUUAGUAGUAGCUAAAGAAUAUCUAUGUGGAUGUCUUUGUAACUUGUUAUUUUAUUUUCAUUGUGUUAAGUAGUGAAAACCCUGCUUAUAAGAUUUUGCCUGUGUCUUGUCUCAUAAUUGAAUAAUGAAACUAUAUUCAAGUUAAUGUAACAUUGAUCUCCAUUGGAAAAAUAAUAUGCUAGCAUUAAAAAAAUCUAUGGGGUACCUGUCAUUGGUUAUGAUUUGAUUUUAAAGUAGAUUUUUCUAGACAGCACAUUUGUGCACUUUAUUGAGAAUUCUUUUAUUCAUCUGACAUAGACUUGUUCAUAUUGGCUAUUUAAACAUUGUGCCUAUUCCAAAAACACAUUUCAACUCUGUCAUACGGAAUGAUCCUUCCCACAGCUAUCUAGAACAACGUCCAGUAUUUCACACUAAAACAAGAGUUUCAAAACCUUCUAAAUGACCGAUACCUGUUAAAAUAUCAGCCCCAAGCAGUACAGGUACUUGAAGUCCUUGGAUGUUCUCCUGCCCAACCGAUCUGCUGAUUUCACGGUAGUCACGUAAAGGCCCCUAUGCCCAGUCUGCUAUAACUUUUUAUCUCAGGGUGUCUUUGCAACUCUCUUGAGUUCUUUUUCAAAACUGAAAUGAACAUGUCAGAAGUGAUCAGAAAUGUUCACAUUGUAUGGCUUGUCUUUUAAAAUUGGGAUAUAUCUGUCUCCAGUGGAUAUCCAUGUGCCAGAAUACCCCUCCCUCCAGGCUGGACUUGCAGCCACAGUCUCAGUUGUCCUCACGCCCUUUGCCUGGGUCGCCUAUGUUCCCUGGGGCUG